UGCUCAGCAUGUGCAAUCAUGGAAGCACAUGGGGACCAGACUGUGGCCAGUGGGAGUAGAAAAUGUCCCAAUGUCAGUGGGAGAAACAAUGUACCAUCUUUGGUAUUGGAGGAAUAUAAGUGGCCCAUCAUUGGUGUUAGUGGAAGGAAUAGUGUUUCCAUCAUUGGUGUCAGUGGGAGGAAUAGUGCCCCAUCAAUUAUGUCAGUAGAAGGAAUAGUGCCUCAUCAUUGGCAUCAAUGGGAGAAAUAGUGUCCCAUCAUUGGUGUCAGUGGGAAGAAUAGUGCCUCACCAUUCAUGUGAGUUGGAGGAAUAGUGUCCCAUCAUUGGUGUCAGUGGGAGGAAUAGUGCCCCAUCAUUAAUAUCAGUGGAAGGAAUAGUUCCCCAUCAUUGGCAUCAGAGGGCGGAAUAGUUCCCUAUAAUUGUUAUCAGUGGAAGGAAUAG